AAUGGAAAACAGAAGAAGAAGAAGAAGAAGAAGACGAGCGCAGCAUGUACAAGGUCGGAGUGGUCGCAGGAGUCUCUGGCACUCUGGGAUUGAUUUCUGCCUCUGUGCUGGCGGCCUCGGCCUCCGUCUCCGCUGAUGAUGACAAACCCGGCGCGAGUCUGAGUGUAGAUGAGCUGUCUCUCUACACGACGGUGCAGCAGAAGUACGAGCACGUGGAGUCUGAGAGAGGACAGGUGGAGGAGAGCGUGGCCAGACUGAGAGCGCUGGCAGAGCCCUACAGCAGCUGGUGCCAGCAAACGGCCAGCUCGGCCAAACAGACAGCACAGGGCGUCUAUGGGACGGUGAAGCCCAAGGUUGACAGCACUGUACAGUUCGGACAGAACAGUUAUGCCUACUUGAAGAACCCUCCGCCUGAGUUUUACCCCAGAGCCGGAGUCAUCGGAUUUGCCGGGAUCCUGGGCCUUUUCCUUGGAAGAGGCUCCAGGCUGAAGAAACUGAUCUACCCGACUGGUCUGAUGGCUGUGUCUGCGUCCAUGUAUUAUCCUCGAGAGGCCGUGACCGUCGCAAAGGACACAGGAGACGCCGUGUACGACUGGGCGCUUCAGGCUUAUGUUACUGUGGAGAAACUCAUCAAGAACAAACCUGCCUCAAAGAAAGAUCAAGCAGAAAAAAGUUCAAGCGGGGAGACCAAAGCUUAGAUGCAUCAUCGUCUCGCAGACAGUGAGCUUGUGAUGCAUGAUCUCCAUCAUUCGCUCACAUUCAUGAUCUGCUUUUGCACUAGCCACUUCCUCUUUCGGUAUCAGACAGGAGCUAGUGGCCUGACUGGAAAGGUCUGAGUUUGAGAAACUACUGCAAUUGUAUUAAAAACACAGUGGUGUACCUAAAGUAAAUGUGA